GUGUCUGCCUGUCUGUGUGUGUGUGUGUGUGUCUGCCACGGGAGCGCGAUGGCCGGGACCGAGCCGGUGCGGGUACUGGUUCUGAGUCUCACAUUCCUGCUCAUUCUACCCGCGCCCCGGGCGCUCAGGAACCUGGUCCCCAAGGACACGGAUUAUGUCGCGCCAGACUACCGCGGGAAGGGCUGCAUCGACGACCAGGGACUGGUGUUUGACGUGGGCGAGCGCUUCUACCCGAGUGCCGCGGCUUGUCCGUGUGUCUGUACCGCGCUGGGCCCGGUUUGUCGAAAGCCUCGCUGCCCCCGGCUCCCCCCGCGUUGCACCCGCCUAAGUUACGGUUCCUGUUGUCCGCGCUGUGUUCAGGUCCGCAACUCGUGUCAAUACGGGGGCCGCAGCUACCGCCUCCAGCAGGAGUUCUGGCCUUCUGCCUGUGAGAGGUGCCGCUGUGAAUUUGACCGUGAGGUGUACUGUCUGACUGCAGAAUGUGCUCCUGUCCACUGUGUCAACCCUUCCUAUGAACCCAACCAGUGUUGUCCUGUGUGCAGGCAGGGGCCCAACUGCUUUGCAGGAAACACCAUUAUCCCUGCUGGUGAGAGGGUGGAAAUGGAUGGGAUAUCAGUUUGUUUCUGUCCGUACAAGGAUGGCUCGUGGGAGCCCCAGCAACAGGCAAUCUGCAGCCUUCGUGGCUGGAAGCAAUCCCAUCAUUACACCGUUAAUGGAGGCCGCCACUAAGACCAGGAUCUGGGUACCAGCUUCACUGCCACAUCCUCUCAACCAGCUCUUGUGUUUGUUGGAGACUUGCCAUUGUUAUCAUUUCCCCCACUGUGCUGAGCUCAAUCCCCCAGGCUUUAUCCAGCACCGUCUGCAUGAUGUGAAUAAGCAUUAAGCUCCAGCUGUAGCCACUGGCUCCUCCUCAGUGACGUGAUUGGGGAGAGGUAGUAGCCUCUUGCUCCUUCUGAUUUCCCCCCAAAUAAUCUGUGGACAGAAGCUUCUGCAGCCUCUCCCCCUCUCGACCGUGUUACUGCUGCGAUGCACAUAUUAGCUUGGUGCUGAGCAGCAGCCAAAGGUCUGAUCUUAAAUGAAAACACAGUGGAAACUGCAAGUCAACAGGUCAAACUUUAACCCUGUUACAGCUAGGCCGAGGGACUUCAGCGUUAUUAGCAUGGUUGUGUUUUAGUGCCACAGCCCAUGUCUGUACCAUUACUGCCUGUGAAACAUACUGCCCUGAUCCACUACGUAAGGCUGCUCAUGCUGAAUUUCCACGCCUGCUUGCAGAUUGUCUGACAUUUAUUGUAAAAAUAUAAAUAAAAGUUGUUGGCUGG